UCAAAUCAACAAACAAAAACAGUAAAACUUUAAAAUUUGUAAUUUUCAUGUAAAAAUAGUCAAAUGAAUAAAAUCUGUAGAAUAUGUUUGGAAGAAGGUGUGCUCUCUUCCAUUUUUACUAAAAACUUUAAUCUAACGCUAUGUGAAAUGAUAGAAUAUUCAUCUAAUAUUAAAAUAAGUAAAAACGAUGGGUUGCCAGAACAAAUGUGCAGUAACUGUGUAUACAAACUUGGAAUUGCUUAUCAUUUCAAACAAACAUGUGAAAGAGCUGAUGUGCGGCUUCGGCAGUAUUUGGGGCUGCACACCCCAGAGAAGUUUAAUGAUGCAGCUGUGAUGACGGAUCCUAUUAUGCCGGUAAGGACAACUAUUAUAAAAAAAUGUAAAUGCAUGAGCCAAAGAAAAACCAAUGGAAACUACAAAAAGAAGCCUGAGUCAGAGAAGCAGAAACGUGGACCCAAGCCGAAACCUAAACAGGAGCAUAAUUGUUACCAGUGCAACAAGCAGUUCCGGUGUCAAGCACAGCUGGAAAUGCACGUCAGAACCCAUACUGGAGAUAAGCCAUUUGGAUGUAUGUACUGUUCUCGUCGAUUCACCCAAAAACACAAUUUAACUAUCCAUUUACGUGUUCAUACUGGAGAGAAACCAUUUCAGUGUGAAGUUUGCAGUAAACGUUUUUCGGCCCAAGGUAAUCUUCAAGCACACCUCAAAAUUCAUACUGGCCAGAGAGACCAUGUUUGCUCAUUAUGCAAUAAAUCAUUCAUCACCUCUAGUGAACUGACGCGCCACAUGGGCAAGCAUAGGGGUGUUAAGAAUUUUAAAUGCGAUCUGUGUGGCGCAGCCUACGUCCAGGCAAGGGAUCUUAGGUUACAUAAACAAAAGAAACACCAAGUCCCAGAAGAGCCUGAAAAGCUGCAAAAUGAGGGAUAUAACAAUGCAAACAUAGAUAUAAUUGGUAUAGAUGUGGGCAAAGAUGUUGCACCAAUACAGUCACAUUCCGUGAAGGAUGUAAAUCAUCACAUUGAGCAUUUAAUUGAUCCUAAACCCCAUGAAAAUUUACCUGAACCGAGCCACAGUGUGUUAUCAUUCGAGCAUAGAGGAUUAAAAGAUAUAUAUCCUGGCCACAACCCAUACACAAAGACUAUAGCUGACAGUCAUAAUUGUGCUAUAUGUGGAGAAGGAUUUGAGUAUUUAACUGCUCUCGCACAACAUCAUCUUCAAUAUCAUAAAGGCUAUGAACCACUGCAUAUAAAGAGCUUCAGUGCAUUAUAAUAAACUGUUUAGUUAUUAAUAAGAUUUAAGACUGAAUUGUUUAAAAAUUAUUUUAAGUAUGUAAUGUUUGUCUCAAUUAUAUUAAAAGUCGUGUGUUUAUAUUGUAAUUAUUUAUUAAAUUCAUAAAUUAA